AUGGUGGAUUUUGAAGAUGAUGUAGUAAGUAUAGAUCUAAAAGAGUUGAAUGAACUCUACGAAGUGUUCCCUGACCAAUAUCUUCCCUCCAGUGACAGCCAAACUAACAGUGAUCCCAGGAAUAGUUUGCAGCAGAUAAUAGAGGAGGAGGAAGAUAUCUUUGAUGAAGAAGAUGAAUCCAGUGAUGAAGAUCAUGCUGAUGUAGAUCAAUCUGAUGUAGGUCAAGGUGGUGAAGAUUAUGCUGAUGAUCUGAAGCAAGAUGACAAUGAGGAAGAAAAAAAAAAGAUAUCAGACAUCAGUGAUUCCUCAAGUGAUGAACUUGAAAACGGCAGCGUAGAUAAAAGUGAUGUUGAGACAUCAGAUACUGGCUUUAGACUAAAGGUCUUGGAUAGUUCUACGACUAGUGCUCUGAGAUCAGCUAAUUCAAGAAUAAAACCUGUGAUAUCCCUGCCCUUAUUCCCUAGUAUUAGUUUUCAAUCUGAAACUCCUUCUAAUUCUAGGAAAGAGUCCAUUUCUUUACAGCAAACAAGGCACACCCGAUUAGACAGAUCUCCUUCACAAACACAAGCAGAUUUUGUAUUUAGGCUACUUUCUAGCCCUGAAGAAUACGAAAGUGGGCUGAAGAUGUUAACUGAAAAUCAGAUUGUAGAAAAAAGAUCUCCUACUGGACGCAAGCUAAGCACGGUCAACCUACAGCCUAAAGGAAGACUAACUCCGAGAGAGAGUUUAGUACGGAACAGCAGUAUUGUUAGUAACCAGGGGGAGCAGUUUUCAGUUUCUCAAAAAGAAGAGGAAAAAGGCGCUAAAAUGUUUUCGCGGCAAUCUAGCAAAGACUUUCAAACUGGUACUUUGCCGUACAAGUUUGGUCGUGUACUCUCGUUAGACAAUACAGGAGGAGGCUCACUUCCCCGCAUGGUUAACAGAAGACCUGGCGUCACAAUAAAUAACAGUGAAGACGAUCUGUUCGUCUGAAAAUGUAGGAAACAAAAACAUUUUUAACACUAACUCUUGAAGAAUGGAAGGAAGUGAUUCUAAUUAAAAUUUAUAAAAAGACAAUAAACCUUGAAAAGAGAUUUA